GUAAACGUUAUUAGCCUUCAUUCAAGUGGAAAUGUUUUAUAGGUUCAUUAGAAGAUCGAAUUCAACAGACCAGAAUGAAAUCCGUUCGCAGUGAGCAACAAUUAUCCAGCAAAAUUCGUACAGAAAGCAAACGAAACUCUCGUAUUUUAGAGAAACAAGAGAAAUUAAUGAUAGAAAUAAAAAACGCCGAUCUGAGGCAAAGGGUUGCAGCAAAGCAAUCGUUAGUGGACUGUUGGCGACGCAAAAACUAAUGCUCGAUUAGCACUCGCCGUUUUACUCCACACGUUACCACAAACCAUUGUGUAAUAAACCAGGAGGCAUUGGUUUCCUUAAACUCAGCACAUUUGGUUUAACGGGUUUGUAGGUGAUUCUUGUUCUGCAAAAUGGAUAUUUUAAUUGAUAAAUUUUUGGAAGAAACCGGUAACUCAUAUCGAUUAACAUACUAUCCUACGGAAUUGAUGCUUUACUUCGAAAAACAUCAUAUAUUUGAAAUCAUUUUUGAUUUGAUGAUGAUGUUACAAAAAGAACGACCACUCAAUAUUGAGGAAUAUAUUGCCGAACAUUUGGUGAACAUCUCGAAGAAGUACAGCCAAAUUAAUACGUACGUAAGCCUUGCGGAUAAUGCUGACACCGAAAACUUUCUUCGUACAUUUCAACGUAGCGAUCGAUACUAUCCGGUGAUCAAUUUAGAAGAGUCAUUAAAAACGAAAACGUUUAUUCAAACUCUUAACGACCGGCUGAAACAUCUAAAUUUGCACAAUAAAAAUAUCGUCAUGCUCGGCGAUAGAAAAUAUUUCAGAGAAGCGAAAAAACAUUUCCAUUUUCAUCAAACAUUGCGCGCCACCAACAUCAAACCAUUCCACAAGCUGACUGCACAUAUGCUUGAGCGCACCAAACUGCUCCAAAUCGAACCCCAUCAUUCGGUUAUCAAACACGCCCAACGGAUUGUGAUUCUAGGUCGUCCCGGAUGUGGCAAGCAUCGAGUUGGAAAGUGGCUGGCUACGAAAUUGAAGAUUCGAUUAGUGUCCGUAACUGAUUUAGUUGCAGAACAUGAACGGAAAUGGGAUUGCUUCGGUAAAGCACUCGGUUGCGGAUCGCUUGAAAAUGUGCACACAUCCGAAUUAGUAACCUCCAUUGUGCAACAUCGACUUCUGAUGCCAGAUUGCCUUGAAAGUGGUUGGAUAUUAGUAGACUUUCCAAACAACGCCGAUGAUGUGAAACAUUUUUUCGAGAUGUUAAUUUCACCCAAAAUAGCAUUAUUCUUGGACACCGAUGAAUCCGUAUGUCGGCGUAGAAAAUUAUCGAAAGGAAAAUGUGGCCAAGUGGGCACUGAUUGUUGGCAAAGCACGAUAUUUGAAGCAGAGCUAAAAUUCUACAAUAUUCACCACCUACCAAUAGUUGAAGCAUUCAAACAACAACAUUCUUGCGCCAUGAUUCGUGUUGAUGGAAAUCGCUCAUAUUCCAACAUUCAGAAGUCCAUCAUAGAUAAGCUGAUGAUUGGUGCGUAAAUAUAUUCAAGCGAGUGAUUCUAGGAGUGCGUUUGUGCGUUUUUCACUAUCAACAGAUUUGGAUGAAGGAGGUUUUUCGGUCAAGAACACCACUAAGCUUACCUUCAGUUUUCAAAACUAAGUUCAACAUUAUCAUCACCCACCCGAUAACGAUUUCGCCACAAAAUCUGAAUAAAAAAGUUAAACCUCUAA